AACGAAAUAGUUGAAAAUUAAAAAUAAAAUUGCGAGCUUCACGCCAAUUCAGCUGGGCAGGUCGAGUAAAGUGUCGAAAAAGUUGGUGGCAAGGCAAUGGCGCUGCUGCUGGUGCAUCUGCGUCGCCUUAUUCUGCUGCUGAGCGUUGUCUACCUGAGCGGCGCCGCGUUUCGACGCCUGCUCACCGAACGGCAUCACGCACAUGUGCUGCAGCCGAACGGACUGGCCGGACUCGGCGGCCCCAGCAGCCGUUGGGCAAAGGAUCCGCUGCACUUUCAAUGGUGGGCAUAUAUCUACACCUGCUACGCCUACGUGGUGCUGGUCAACUAUGUCAGCAUGCGGCGUCUGACCAAUCUGAUUGAGUUCCUGUUGAGUUGACAUCUUAAUUAUUUUGUUAUUUG